AGCCGUGUGGCUCAACGAUUUUUCGAAGUCAGUUGCUUUGCCGAGCACCUCGCUUGUAAAUCGUGGCGCUCGGUGGAUUUCGUCAGCUCCUCCCCUGUCUUGGUGUUCGCGGCGCCCGCGACUGGGCCGUUCCGGGUCGUGAACGUGGAGCCUUCGAUUGGCACUGCCUCCCUGCGGGGCGCCCGGCUCGGGGCACCGACCGCGGACGCGGGAGCCGCCUGGCUGGGCUGGACGGCGGCUGGCGGCGCCGUGGUGGCAGGCGUGGGGGUGCAGACUCGCCGAGCCAGGAGAGGGCCGGCGGGGCGCGCUCGCAGAAGGCCGUCCUCCACGCAGCGGCUGUAGCGCAGGCCCCGGUGAAGACCGACGAGGACGCAAGGCCGGUCUUCCCGUUCGCAGCCAUCGUGGGACAGGCCGAGAUGAAGUUGGCCCUGCUUUUGAACGUCAUCGAUCCCAAGGAACUCUAUAUUGGUGGUGUCAUGAUCCUGGGUGACCGUGGCACUGGCAAGACUACCACGAUCCGCGCCCUGGUGGACCUCCUUCCGGAGAAUUUCGUGCGUGGCUGGCGACCCGUACAACUCCUCGCCGACCGAGUUCGACGUCAUGAGCGACGACGUCCGCAAUCUCAAGGCGAAGAACGAGGACCUCCCGCUCUCCACCAUGAAGGUGCCGAUGAUCGACCUUCCUCUGGGAGCCACAGAGGAUCGCGUGUGUGGCACCAUCGACAUCGAGAAGGCGCUGACACAGGGCAAGAAGGCAUUCGAGCCAGGGUUGCUUGCCAAAGCGAACCGUGGUAUUUUGUACGUGGACGAGGUGAAUCUCCUUGAUGACCACCUUGUUGAUGUGCUGCUGGACAGUGCGGCAGGAGGUUGGAACACCGUUGAGCCGGCAGGGUAUCAGCGUGCGUCACCCAGCGAAGUUCAUCCUCGUGGGAAGCGGCAAUCCCGAGGACACGAGGGCGAGCUUCGUCCACAGCUGCUGGACCGCUUCGGCAUGCACGCCCUGAUCCGCACAGAAAGGGAUCCCGAGCUGCGCGUGCAGAUCGUCGAGGGCUGCCAGAAGUUCGCCUCCGACCCGAAGGGCUUUCGAUUGGAUGGGAAUACGCGGCCGACAACAAGGAGUUCGCAGACCAGGUCAUCGCGGCGCAGGAACGCCUCAAGGAGGUGAAGAUAACUCCUGAGACUUCGCGCAAGAUCUCGCAGGUCUGCAGCGAGCUGAACGUGGACGGCCUCCGGGGUGACAUCGUCACAAACAGGGCCGCGAAGGCAUUCUGCGCCUUCGACGGAAGAACAGAGGUUACCGAUGACGACGUCAAGAAGGUGAUCACGUUGUGCUUGCGCCACAGACUCAGGAAGGAUGUGCUCGAGAGCAUGGACUCUGGCGACAAGGUCCUGAAGGUGUAUUCCGCCGUCUUCGAGGAGUAAGGGCAUAUCCUUUGCGUCCACGUGCCUUGGGCGUGGACAUCGCUGUGGGCUUGGAGGCCCGCAGCGAGGUAGCGGGAAUCGGACAGAGGAACAGGAUGACGGGUGUUGGAUCUCCGUGAUUCCGACUUCAUGGAGGCUCCUGAUUUGCGCCCCUGCUCUUGCGAUUUAACCCG